AUGCAGCAGCAGCAGUACUUUUACCAGCAGCAGCAGCAGCCACCGCAGCAGCAGCAACACAUGCUACCCUUCCAUCCCUAUCAGCAGCAGCAGCACCAUAUGAUGCAGCCGCCUCACCUGCAGCAGCAGCAGCAGCAGCAGCAGCAGCAGCAGCAGCAGCAGCAACGAGUGAUGCCGCGAGGAGCAAAUGCUGUCCCUCUUGGCUCUGGCCAUUCGUUUCAUUCUUCUUUAUAUUAA